AUGCCCUUCCAGGCGGGUGUAUCCACGACCACUGUCCAGGAACUUCUGCAUGCGUAUGACUACACCCUCAAGACAACCACUGAAGGAGACAUGGAAAGGAGCACGAAUCGCUUCUAUGCCGCUUGUGAGAAAUUCGGCCUAAUCAUGAACACGGAGAAGACGGUGGUAAGGCCCCAACCGCCACCCAACACUGCCAAAAUGAGCCGCAAAUCAGCGGGAAUCGAAACCCAACUGCCGGUGGUGGGCAACUUCGCUUAUCUGAGCAACAACCUCUCCCGCACCACCAAGACCAACGAUGAAGUGGCCCGCCGGAUUUCCAAGGCUAUUCUAGCAUUUGGUCGUCUUCAAAACACAGUUUGGAAUCGUCGCGAUCUCCAUCUCAUUACCAAGCUGAAGAUGUGCAAGGUCGCCAUCCUACCGACAUCGCUGUAUGGAGCAUAG